AUGUUGCUAGGAAGUUUGAAAAGUCUUAAUAAAGUUAUCACUUUGAGGAACUGGAUACCUAGCUUGUCAUCAGUUUCCAGGACAACAGUAACCAGGCAACCAUAUGCAAAUUAUUAUACUCACCAGAAAGUUAGUGAUGAUGAGAAUAAAGUGGUGGUUGACCUGAGAACUGAUACUCUGACUGAACCAGACUCUGAAAUGAGAAACGCUAUGGUUAAUGCCAAAAUAGGAGAUGAUGUAUUAGAUGAAGAUCCUACAGUUAAGGAACUAGAAAGAACAGCGGCAGCCAUGUUAGGGAAAGAAGCAGGUUUAUACGUCCUCUCAGGAACAAUGGGAAACUUACUAUCAGUUAUGUGUCAUUGUAAUCACAGAGGAGAAGAAAUGUUGCUAGGAGACCAGUCGCAUAUAUUCAUUCAUGAACAAGGUGGAGCAGCAUUUUUGGGUGGUAUUCAUCCAAGACCGGUAACUAAUUUACCUGAUGGAACAUUUGAUCUUCAAGAAUUAGAAGAAAAAAUACGACCUGAUGGAGACUUCCAUGCUCCAAAGACUAAACUAAUAUGUCUGGAAAAUAGCCACAACCGUUGCGGGGGAGCAGUGUUAUCUAAGAAGUUCUUGGAUGAUGUUGGUUUCAUUGCCAAGACACACAAUAUAGCUGUACAUAUGGAUGGUGCUCGACUGAUGAAUGCAGCUCUAGCAAGCAAGAGAGAUGCUGCUGACAUAUUACAACAUUGUGACACAGUCAGUUUAUGCCUUUCAAAGGGUCUUGGAGCACCAGUUGGGUCAGUUAUUGCUGGACCUCAAACAUUUAUUGACAGUGCACGGCGAUUACGUAAAGCUUUAGGUGGCGGUAUAAGACAAGGGGGCAUACUAGCAGCUGCCGGAUUAAUUGCUUUAGACAGUGGAGUAAAGAGACUACAUAUUGACCAUGCAAAUGCUAAAUACCUGGCAACUGGCCUCGCAAAUUUAAAACAUCCAUUGUUAUCAGUCGACGUGGACAAUACGGAAACAAACCUUGUAUAUCUUAAAAUAAAUGGUGCUAAACCAGAAACAGUCCUGAAUAUGGUAAACCAAAUAACAGAAAAUGAAAAAGAAAAACUAGGUCAUGGAAUCCAGAUCAAAGCAUUCCCAAGUAGUAAAGACAAGAUCCGCUUGGUUGCUUAUAAACAUAUAACAACUGAACUAAUUGAUCUUGCGGUCAAAAAGUUUGAAUAUAUUGCUAAUGUAUUGUCAGAAAGCCCAGAAGGGAAAUGA